GAAGAGUGGCUGCAGUUAGGAGUUUAUGGAAGGAAGGUAAAGGUCUAUGGUAAAGGUGAUGUAGUCCUGCAAGCUGCAGAGAAGUUACAAAGUUCAUUCUGUUCAACCAGAAACAAGUGCAGCAGCUCGUAGUGUUUGCUCCUCAGGCUCGAUGGCUCAGUUUACUCGUGUUUCGGGGAUUGUUGGGUUGAUUACCCUCCAGAAUCCUCCUGUCAACGCUCUCAGUGGAGCGUUGAGGCAGAACAUUAUUGACGUGAUGGAGAGAGCACUCAGUGACCCAAAGGUGAAAUCUGUGGUCAUCUGUGGCCAGAACGGAAUCUUCUGUGGCGGGGCUGACAUCAGUGAGUUUGGGAAAAAAAUGGGCGGAACUCCACUGGUGCCUCUGAUCCACAGCUUGGAGGCCUCCAACAAGCCGGUGGUGGCGGCCAUAGAGGGAGUGGCUCUAGGCGGAGGGCUGGAGUUGGCGCUUGGCUGUCAUUACCGAAUCGCACACUCUAAAGCCAGACUGGGGCUUCCAGAGGUGACGCUGGGGAUGAUGCCAGCUGCAGGAGGAACACAGCGUCUGCCCAGGCUCAUCGGGAUCCCUGCUGCUCUAAACAUCAUCACCACAGGCCGCCAUGUGACUGCAGCCGAGGCUCUGCAACUUGGCUUCGUGGAUCAGGUUACUGAUCACAACACCGUGGACGCAGCUGUGAAGUUUGCCCUGAGUGUUGCAGGUCAGUCUAUGGAUGCUCGUCGUAUCAGUAAUUUCCCGUGCCCGUGCCCGUCUGAUGUGGAUGCUCUGUUUGAGGAGAUGAUGCAGAAGGUGCGUCAGAGUGCUCGUGGAGCUAUAGCACCCAUAGCGUGCGUCCAGGGCGUGCGGGCGGCUGCCACCCUGCCGUACUCUCAGGGCAUGCAGCGCGAGGCGGAGCUGAUGGCUACUCUCGUCACCUCGGGCCAGGCCUACGCCCAGCGCUACUUCUUCUUUGCUCAGAGAGCCGCUGGCAGGUGGAGGAUGCCCGGUGGAGCUGGCUGGGACACGAGCAAGCCCAGAGCCGUACAUAAAGCAGCUGUCAUCGGUCUCGGCACCAUGGGGAGAGGCAUAGCAGUGGCCCUGGUUCAGACGGGGCUGUCUGUGGUCGCCGUGGAGACUCAGGAGAAGCAGCUAAUGGAGGCAAAGCAGGCAGUUUCUGGCAUGUUGGAACGAGGAGCCAAGAGAAGUGGAGCGGCUCCGGCGCUCGAUAGGAUCCGUUACAGCCAGAACCUCCAGGCUGCAGGAGACGUAGACCUGGUCAUCGAGGCGGUGUUUGAGGACAUGAACCUGAAGAAGAAAGUGUUCAAACAGCUCUCUGCCAUCUGUAAACCAGGCACUUUCCUCUACACCAACACUUCUGGACUAGACAUAGACCAGCUGGCCUCUGAAACCAGCAACCCGGAGCUGGUAGUGGGGAUGCACUUCUUCGCCCCGGCCCACGUCAUGAAGCUGCUGGAGGUGGUGUACGGGCCGCGCUCCUCCCCUCAGGCGGUGGCCACGGCCAUGCAACUGGGCAAGAAAAUGGGCAAAGCCAGUGUGGCGGUUGGCAACUGCCGGGGCUUCGUGGGGAACCGCAUGCUGAAGCACUACAAGGACCAAAGUUACUUCCUAUUGGAGGAAGGGGCGACACCUGAGCUGGUAGAUGGAGCGCUGGAGGAGUUCGGCUUUCCCAUGGGUCCGUUCAGAAUGUACGACCUCUCUGGGAUCGACGUGGGCUGGAGGUUCAGGAAGGAAGAAGGGCUGGUGGUGCCGGGCCUGGCUUCUGGACCCUCAGCUAGAGUCAGACGAGGCCUCCGGUACAGCCCCCUGGGAGACCUGCUCUGUGACCAGGGGCGGUUCGGCCAAAAGACUGGCCGGGGGUGGUACCAGUACGACAAACCAGGCGGUCGGGUUGCCAGGUCUGACCCCUGGCUGCACAGCUUUCUGGAGGAGUACCGAGCUAAGAACGGCCUGGUGGCACGACGCGUCGACCGCCAGGAGGUGCUGGAGCGCUGCCUCUACGCCCUGAUCAACGAAGGCUUCCGGAUCCUGGAGGACGGGAUCGCUGCAGGACCCGAAGACAUCGACGUGAUCUACGUGUUCGGCUACGGCUGGCCCAAGCACCGCGGAGGUCCCAUGUUCUACGCCAACAUGGUGGGGCUGGCAAAGGUGCUGGAGAGGCUGGAGCACUACCACCAGGCUCACCGUGACGUGCCCAGCCUGCAGCCCUGCAGCCUCCUCAGGAGGCUGGUGGCCAGCGGCAGCCCACCCAUCAACACCUGGAGGGAAGUCAUCAAGAAGCUCCACAGCCAUCUUUAAAGCAACAUUGCAUAAAAUUGGUAUUUUUCGUGAUUUAACACCCUACAGUUUCAGAGUCAAAUCCACUAUAACACUGCUGUUGUGAAUCCAAACAGCCGUAAACGUGCCUUUGUUAUGAUUGCAUUACUCAUGAUCAAAAACUAGUCAACAGCCUUGCUAACACAACCAAAAAUCAUGCAAGUGCAACAAUGCAAAACAUAGUAAGCUAGCUAAUAUUGAUGAACAAUAUUAAGAUUACUGGCUUUUUUUUUUUUUUUGCAGACUGGGAUUGACAAAGGUAUCCUUCUCCAAGUCAGCACGGCAUCAAAAUAUCCAAUAUAAUAUCCAAUAGUCAUCCAAUAUUGCUUUAAAUAUUAAACAUUUCAGCUUUAAUAUUUAUAUUCACUUCAAUAAUGACAAUGUUAUACUGUAAUAAACAGCAAGUGGACUGCACUUCACCGCUUUGUAACAACACUGAUCUUUGUCCCUCUAUAAUGUGAUUAUGGAUGAUAUUUUAGGCUUCUGUGCUUAAUAAUUAUAAUACCUCUGACUGAGGGCCUACACUGAGUUACCAGUUUAUUAGGUACGUAUACAGUGUAAUGCAUUUAAAUACAAGGGGAGUAAAUCAAAUCUUAAUAAAGCUUAUAUUUUUUGUUAACAAUGCAUUAGAUGUUGAUUGAACUUGCAAUAUAUUGAUUGCAAUAUUGUUCUAAUAUUUUGCAUGCAAUUGGUUGUUAUUGAAUCAUGUUUAAUGAAUGCUUGUGCACUUUUUAUUGUAUACACCAUUUGUAAUGAUACAAAUAAACUUCUAUCAUCUGAUGCCUCAAUAAAAAAAUCU